AAAUCUAGCAACAAAAUAGCUAAAUUGGCAUCACUGGUUGCACUGCACAACAUUCAAGAGGCUGAAAUUCAAAUCCGCACUGCAUGGUCAGAUCUUGUGUAGGUUUUAAACUUGUUUUCAGUAUCAAACCACGCCCGUUUUAGAGAUCGUUGGUAUAAUCAGCCAAUCUCUGUUGGGAAGGCGGUGGUACCAACGUCACUGAUUGGCUGGUUUGAAAAUAACUGGAUGCACGCUUUUCGCAAUUUAAAUCCUCAUGUUUUGCUUCGAAAAAGUGAAAGGAUACUCACUUCAAGCUAAACGUUUAAGGCAUCUACUGAAUCGUCAUGGGAUCCAGCGAGAGUAAGGUUGCUGUGGCCUCAACGCCCAAACAUGACCACAGCCAUCGCAUCAAACACGACCGUCUCUCUCAACUUGUCGACCCACGGUCUCCAUCUGUAGCCAUUGACCGCACACCUAUUCAGGUGGGUGGAACUGUCUCCUGUGUCCCAGUUGUGGUGGAGAGUGACUGCUCCAUUCUAGCCAGCGACCCUCGGUCAUCCUCAGUCGGUGUCACCCGCACCCCAAUGAAGGACUCAACGAGAGUGACAGUUGGCUCCUUCGCCCGUUGCCUCGACAUGCUCCUCCACGGUGACUCUGUAGAACUAGUUGCCCCUGUGCCCUUUAACAAGUUUCCCAACCUCAACGUGGAGGAGGCAGUGGUGGAGGAAGAGUUGGGCUCCAGUGAGCCCGUUCUCUCUCCUCAGCCAUCGCAGGUCUCAGGUGACAUGAUCCAGCCCUCUCCCCAGAGCGUGACUAGUCAUACGCUUCUCAUCCAGAGCCCCUUCGUUCUCGUGGGGGAGGCCCAGAUAGAAGUCAAAGCCGAUUUCACUCUGGAGGAAGCCGAAGAGGCCGAAGAGUCUUCACUACACAAGCGCCUGAGUAUGAGCUUGAUCACCUGCCAAGAUGGUGUCACCCCAUCACCGACCUUCGCCGAGGUGCACUACGACAGCCCUGCGUCGCGUCUCCCUGAAAACGCUGCUGCUGAACUCCACAAGGACGAACCUGACCACGCGUAUGCCCUUCCCUCAUUCACCUCUGACCCUGCACAACCUCUGACCCCUAUGGCUGAACCAUCCAUCCCCACCGUUACAGACUUCACUGAAGUCACUGUUGCUACGGAGAUGCCUAAAGUGGAGGUCCCAACACCAGUGGAGGAGCCAGUGAUGCCCGUCAAACAAGAGUCACCUGUUGUACCAUCCACCACAACCACUGGCCCCAGCGUGAGCCAGCAGCAGCCCCAAGCCACUGGGAUCCGCUGCCCCACAUUCGACACCAAGAGCCCCAGUCAAAUGGUGUUCAAGCCCCAGUGGCUAGGGAAGGGCUUCGGGGCCACAGGGGUGAGGGCCAGAGGGAGAGGAGGCAAGGGGGGUUUGUCCACUUCACCACUCUCCGUCCAGGUUGGAAACAAGAAUGCACCCAACGAGAACAAGGGGCAGUCAGUCAAACCGAAGCAGAGAGACAAGGCACUCAUGGCUGAAGGCCGCUCCCCUCUGCAGAUGCUCAAGGAGACCAACUCCCCCCGGGAGCAAGCUACGCAGAUGAAGCUGAAGGUGUCCACCCCAGACAGACAGAGGCUGGGUCAGAUGGACCGGGGAGUCCUGACUGUGUCCAUGGACAAGGAGAACAGAUAGACGGACGCUGCAGAAGAACAUGCACAAACACUAACUGGCCAAUGUACAGAACUUUGCCAUCUUUCUAAAAACAAGUCUUUUUAAGUGUACAGCUUUCUUUUUUUCCCCGUGACUUAUUCAAACUGCUAACAAAUUAUCAUUAGUGUACGUUGCUUUUGGAAGUGUCAUCGAUAUGAUUGGUCUGACUGUUUCUUUGCAUUUAUUUCAAAUGUCCAUAUCAGUGUUUUUGCUAUCCUGUCCUUUAUGUAAAUAAAUUUGCUUUAAAUCCUAA